AUGAGCGAAUCGGAAGCCAAAUCUAGGUCGGCUACACCGCCAAGUAAAGCUAAACAAGCUACUCCAACAACUACAGCUGCAGCUAAUGGAGAAAAGAAAUUAACAAACAAGGAGCUAAAAGAACUAAAGAAACAAGAAAAAGCUGCAAAGAGAGCUGCAAUGAAGCAGGCUAAUGGUAUAUCCAUUGAACAACAGCAACAACAAGCACAAAUGAAAAAAGAGAAGAAACAACUACAACGUGAGCAACAACAGAAAAGAGAGCAAAAGCAAAAAAAUGCCAAUAAAAAAAAACAAAAUGAACGAAACGUGAAAAAGAGCACACUUUUUGGUCAUCUGGAAACUACUGAAGAAAGAAGAGCGACAAUUUUAGCUUUAACCAGUGCAGUAUCAUCUCCAAAAACUUCGCGAAUCACCGCUGCUGGGUUGAUGGUCCCCGUGGUGGCUAGUGCAUUAUCAGGAUCUAACGUAUUAACGGCUUCUUCCUUGAUGCCCGUGGGUCCAAACGCGUCGUCUACUGUAUCUGCAUCAGCUCCAGCUUCAACAACAACGACUCUUCCUGCCUCUUCUGCAGCACUCUCUGCCGGUACCAGUUCUGCGUCAACAAAUACUCCAACAGCUAUACAACAAGAGAUUGCUUCAUCAAACGCUUCUGAUGUUGCCAAGACAUUGGCAUCUAUCUCGUUAGAGGCUGGUGAGUUUAAUGUCAUUCCCGGUAUAUCGUCAGUGAUCCCUACCGUGUUAGAACAAUCAUUUGACAACUCCAGCUUGAUAUCGUCUGUUAAGGAACUUUUAUUGAAUAAAGACCUUAUCCAUCCGUCGAUAUUAUUAUUAACUUCUCAUCUAGCACACUAUAAAAUCGUGGGAUCCAUCCCACGUUGCAUAGCCAUGCUAGAGGUUUUCCAAAUUGUUAUCAAAGACUAUCAAACACCUAAGGGAACUACCUUGUCACGUAACUUAACAAGUUAUUUGUCACACCAGAUUGAUCUUUUGAAAAAAGCUAGACCUUUAAGUGUUACUAUGGGUAAUGCUAUCAGAUGGUUAAAGCAAGAAAUUUCAUUAAUUGACCCAUCUACCCCCGACAAAGCCGCCAAAAAAGACCUUUGUGAGAAAAUUGGGCAGUUUGCUAAAGAAAAAAUCGAACUGGCUGAUCAACUAAUUAUAGACAAUGCCUCUACACAAAUUGAAGAAUCUACUACUAUUGUGACAUAUGGUUCAUCAAAGGUUCUAACUGAACUGUUACUGCAUAAUGCAAUCAGUUUAAAGAAAAACAUCAAAGUGAUUGUCGUCGAUUCGAGACCACUAUUUGAAGGGCGGAAAAUGGCAGAAACUUUAAGAAAUGCUGGUGUCAAUGUUAUGUAUGCACUUAUUACAAGUUUGGAUACGAUAUUCAAUAUGGAUGUGGACUAUGUGUUUUUAGGAGCCCAUUCUAUCCUAUCUAAUGGGUUCCUAUAUUCAAGAGCUGGGACAGCAAUGUUGGCUAUGAGCGCUAAGAGAAGAAAUAUACCUGUAUUAGUCUGCUGCGAAAGUUUGAAGUUUUCACAAAGAGUACAAUUGGAUAGUGUCACAUUUAAUGAACUGGCAGAUCCAAAUGACCUGGUUAAUAUAGAUUACGAAAAUCCAGUCGAGAGACGCGGUAAUAAAGGUGCGUUAUUAAACCAAUUUAUCAAAGAAAGAAAAUUUGAAAAGAAAAAGCUAGCAAUGGAGAAUAAGCCAAAGGGUAAUAAAAUUGGCGGUAAGAAAGGAUCUGAAGGAGAAAGCAAGGACGCCAGUAAUGAAGAAGACAGCAACAGCAAAAAUAUUUUGGAUGGUUGGCAAGAGUUACCUUCGUUAAAUAUUGUCAACAUCUUAUACGAUUUAACACCACCAGAAUAUAUUAAAAAAGUGAUCACUGAAUUCGGCGCUUUGCCACCUUCAUCUGUCCCUGUUAUUUUAAGAGAGUACAAAGGUUCCGCAUAA